UUUUAUUUCUGGUAGAGUUACCCUUUCCCACCCUUUCAACUCCGACUCCUCACUCUCAUUCUUAUCUCCAUACGAUAUCCAACCAGAAGACCUAAAAAAGAAGAUAUUUUGAACAUGGUGGGGUGGCAGAGACAUUUGCAAUGUGCUCUUCGUCAAGUUGGAAGAAGAUUCGAACAUAACUAUACUCACUCUGCCAACUAUUCUUCUUCUAUUUCUCACGUAACCUCCUCUGCUUUACCUGGUGAACUGCGUAGUUAUCAAAGAUUGUGGAGAUCACCUUCAGCAAGUAUCUCAACGCCUUUGUAUCAGUAUUUUCAACAAUUGGGAAUUUUCACUUCAGGGAAGCUACUAGCAGGUUCAUCUGAAGAGACGCCAAUAGCAUCACCAUUAACUCCCGUUUUGGCUAUAAAUAGCGGAAAGACUGAAGAGAAGAAAGUUGCUCCCAAUCGGACAAAAGUUCAAGCAGUGUUAAAGAAGAUAAAACAGAGUCCUAAGAAGGUCAACUUGGUUGCUGCAUUAGUUCGUGGUAUGCGUGUUGAGGAUGCAUUAUUGCAGUUGCAAGUGACAGUAAAGCGAGCUGCUAAAAUGGUCUAUCAGGUUAUUCACUCAGCUAAAGCAAAUGCUACCCACAAUCAUGGAUUGGAUCCUGAACGUCUGCUCGUUGCUGAGGCAUUUGUCGGAAAGGGAUUAUUUUUGAAGAGAGUUUCCUAUCAUGCUAAAGGGCGAUCCGGAAUUAGAGAGAAGCCUGAGUGCCGACUAACUGUUGUAGUGAGGGAGACGACCCCAGAAGAGGAGGCUGAGAUAGCCAGGCUGAGGGUAAGAAAAUUCCGCAAGCUUACUAAGCGCGAAAAACGACUUGUACCCCAUCAGCUUAUUGAAACCACUCCUAUUUGGAAUCGCAAAGGCGGGAACCGGGAACCAAAUGGCAAGGCUGCAUGAGAUUGUAGUCGUUUAUUUGUUUAACUUUGUAGAAAAGUAAAGCUCUGGAGGCAUAACUUGAAUUAGUCCCAGGUGGGUGCUACAACAUAGUUUUCAGUGGCUGGAAAUGGGUUUGAAGAUGUCAAAUUUUGGGGGAU